AUGCAACCUAUUAUCAAGCCAUGGCUUGCGCAAGGCUGGGCGCUGGAUUUGAUUGGCAUGAUUCACCCUCAUUCAUCCUUCCAGCAUAAGUUCAUCAUCGUCGCUACCGAUUUCUUCACUAAGUGGGUAGAGGCUGAACCCUUGAAGGAGGCCUCAGGUGCAACCAUUCGCCAGUUCGUCUUCACUAAUAUUAUCUACAGGUUUGGUGUCCCUGAGGUUCUGGUUUCGGAUAGGGGGGCAGUGUUUAUGGGGCGUGAUAUGCAAGAGCUCGUUGUUGACUUGGGUAUCCAAUUUAUUCAUUCUACCCCUUACUAUGCUCAAUCCAACGGCCAAGCAGAGGCCAGUAACAAGCGGAACCUGGCUGCCACCACACCCUAUGCUCUGAUGUUUGGCCAUGAUGCAGUUUUACCUUUGGAGAUCAAUGUUCAGUCCCUACGCGUCCAGGAUCAACAUCAUUUGAUUGGUGAAGACUAUGUCCAGGGUGUGUGGCAAGAGCAUGAAGAUCUUAGCGAGAGGCGCUUGGAGGCUUUGGACAGCCUGGUGAUGGAGAAACAGCGCAUCGCUCGCGCCUAUGAUAAGAGGACACGCCGGCGCAGCUACAAGGAGCUAGGGUGA